AUGAGUCCAGGCAGUCCAUCCUUGUUUCAGUCUGUUUUCUAAUGAACCGUCUUUAGAUGUCCCUGUAGUGCUGUAUUUAGUAUUUCUCUUUAGAACCUCCCUUAAUUGAAGUGUUUAUUGGAAGCGAUAUAGAGUAUACAGCUCUACGUUGUCACUAAUUGAUCCUAUAAAAUGUAAGUUACUUUGGAUAAAACAGUUUUACUAGGGGCUAGAUGACCUAGAAUAAAAAACACUUUGUUUUCCUGCUUUAGUCUAAACGGUGGCUGUCGUUGUUUAUCUGUUUAUCUUUGUGUCCCAAAUGACACCCUUAUUCCCUAUUUAGAGGAUUGAAUAGGGAUGAGGGUGCCAUUUGGAAUGCAAGUGGUUAUAUUAACCCUGUCGUUUUAUUUCUCUCAUUAUGUUGUCCCCUCUCUCCUCCCCUCUCUCCUCCUCUUUCCUCCCCUCUCCUCCCCUCUCUCCUCCCCUCUCUCCUCCCCUCUACCCAGCUGUUGUCAGUGCCAUGCCAGUGCCAACCCUGGAGAGCAGCCAGUACCCUGGCAUCCUGCCCUCGCCCACCUGCGGGUAUAGCCAUGGUACUCUGACCACCCACCCCAAGUUUACCCUGAGACCCAUGCCCUUCCCCAGCCUCACCGUGGACCGCAGCUACGCAGCAGGUGGAAGUCAGUACCGUUUACAGUCAUUCUGUAUGUCUGCUUCUCUUCCCUCGUUCUAUCCCUCUCUCUCUCUCUGUUGUACUGUUUAUCUCUCUCAAUUUCAAUUCAAGGGGCUUUAUUGGCAUGGGAAACAUAUGUUUACAUUGCCAAAGCAAGUGAAAUGGAUAAACAAAACUGAAAUAAAAAAAUGAACAGUAAACAUUACACUCACAAAAGUUCCAAAAGAAUAAAGACAUUUCAAAUGUCAUAUUAUCUCUAUAUACAGUGUUGUAACAAUAUGCAAAUAGUUAAAGUCUCUAAUGUGGCCGUACAUUUGGCAGGAAGUUAGGAAGUGCAGCUCAGUUUCCACCUCAUUUUGUGGGCAGUGUGCACAUAGCCUGUCUUCUCUUGAGAGCCAGGUCUGCCUACGGCGGACUUUCACAAUAGCAAGGCUAUGCUCACUGAGUCUGUACAUAGUCAAAGCUUUCCUUAAGUUUGGGUCAGUCACGGUGGUCAGGUAUUCUGCCACUGUGUACUCUCUGUUUAGGUCCAAAUAGCAUUCUAGUUCUGUAUCUAUAUCUAUAUUAUAUCUCUCUCUCUCUCCUUCUCUCAUAUACUGUUUAUCUAUAGUAUCUCUCAUCACUUCUCUUUCAUUAUACUGCCCAUAUCUAUUUCUCUCUCUAUCUCUCUUUUUCUUCAUUUAUCUCUCUCCCUCUCUUACUUUACCUCUGACUCUCAAUCUGAGUCUAUCCUUUUCCUCACAUCUUCCUCUCUUCGCUUUAAUCUACGUCCCUCUGCUCCUAUCCUCGCACGUCUAUUCGCCUCGAUCCUGUCACGAUCAUCAGAAGAAGAAGCUCUCGCAACGCGCAACACGGAGAGGAAAAGCCCAGAGAGGCGGAGCAAGAAAGACGGCGCGGCGAACGCGAGAGAGAGCGAGGAAAGAGAGAAAGAGCGAGAAGGAAGCGCAAGCGGCGAGAGAGAAAAGCGAGCCUCUAGCGCCUCGCCACUCCGCCUAUACUCGCUCCCAGAGCGCCCUCAUAUAAAUGAGCUCCUCUCUCCUCCUAGCAAAGACAAUCUCGUCUCUCUCUUCCUAUUCUCCUCUAGAUCUGGUCUCUUCUCUCUCUCUCUCUCUCCCUCUCUCUCCCUCUCUGUCUCUCUCUGUCUCUUAUUUUCCCUAAAGGCCUCUGCACCUCUUAAUCUCUGUCUCUCCCUCCCUGUCAAUCCAAUCUCUCCUCCUCGCUUUAUCUCUUUCUGUCUCUCUUCUUGCCUCUGGUCUCAGUUUCUCUAACAGACAUUUACUUCUCAUUAGCCGUGUCGUUUCUCUCUCACUCCGCUACGCUCCAUGCUUGCUCUUAUUGUGUUAAGACAGCCUUGACGAGGCGACUAAAUGACACUGAGGCCAAGAUGUAUUAGUCAUUUACACCCUAUCCCCAAUAUACUGGGCUGAUCCCUCAUAUAGGCCCUGGUCAAAUGUAGUGCACUAUAUAUACAAUAUAAAGAGAAAGAGAAGAGAAGAGACACAUGGGAGACAAGAGUGAGAAGAGAGAGAAGAAAGAACACGAUGAGACAAAUGAAAGAGAGAUAAGUAAGAGACACUGAGUAACAAAGAAAGAAUAAAGAGAAAUACACCAGUUAUACAAUAUGUAAAAUAGAUAAGAGAAAUACACCAGUUUAGUACAAUAGAUAAUAUAAUAUAAUAGUAAUAUAUAGAUAAUAACAAGAUGUAUACAAAUUAAAAGAAUAUAUAAUAAAUAUACACUAGUUAACAAAUAUAAUAUAUACUAUUUAUACAAUAUAAUAAUAUAUAUAAUAUACACUAUUUAUACAAUAUUAUAAUAUAUAUAAUAUACACUAUUUAUACAAUAUUAUUAUAUAUAUAAUAUACACUAUUUAUACAAUAUUAUAAUAUAUAUAUAAUAUACACUAUUUAUACAAUAUUAUAAUAUAUAUAAUAUAGUAUACACUAUUUAUUGGUUGCACAUUUUGUCACAAUAUUGUUUUGAACAUUUGUUUUGGACUGAUGCCCGACUGAGCAUUCUAUUCAAUACAUUGUCAUUGAGCGCUGAUUAAGAUUUCAUCAAAUGUGCAUUACAGUGGCUUGGAAAGACAAUUACAUUAUAAAAGGAGGCAAAUAAUUAGUAGGAAAACCUUUUGUCAUCAUUUUGAUGGAGCUAACCUUGCAGAUAGCAUUACUGGGUGAUCUGAAAAGUCAUAGUCAAUCGAUCAAUAAUAUAUAAUACUUUUAGCAAAAAUGUUUAUUUUCAAUUUACAAUCUGUAGAAACAAUGAGAAUAGAAAGGUUCAGAACUUUUGUAAAACAUCACAGUACAGUUGAAAAAUAUAUGGCAAAUAGAAAUCCAAUAUGGAUGGUGUUAAGAGAUAGAUGGGUGGUGUUGAAUGGAGUUGAAUGAUGGGACUAAUAACAACUAACAACAACUAAUAACAACAAGAUACCUAAUAAUGUAAGCAUACUGUGUCCAUAAUAAGUAUAUAGGUUGUAGGUUGGGAGCUUUUGUGAAAGAACACAGUUAGAAAGAUAUGGCAUAUAGAAGCAAACCGGAUGGACAUCAUGAAAAUGAUCGGAGAGGUUGAGGGUAGAGGAAAUUCAGGAGUAAAACAAACAAAAUAUAAUUAUUGUAAAAUUGACUGUGUCCAUAAAAUGUAUAUAGUAAGUAUAAGCUGGUAGAGGCCUAAGCAUUGUUGUUCACUAGUUUUCUCCAAUUAGGGAAAGGGUGUUGGGGUUGGAAAGUAAUAAAGGGAAAUAUAUUUGUUUUAAAGGAUAUGUAUGUGUAUGUAUGUAUGUAUGUAUGUAUGUAUGUAUAUAUAUAUAUAUAUAUAUAUAUAUAUAUGUAUGUUAUCAAGAUCUCGCGAUACAUGGCCCCAUCCAUCCUCCCCUCAUUACGGUGCAGUCGUCCUGUCCCCUUUGCAGAAAAGCAUCCCCAAAGAAUGAUGUUUCCACCUCCAUGCUUCACGGUUGGGAUGGUGUUCUUGGGGUUGUACUCAUCCUUGUUCUUCCUCCAAACACGGCGAGUGGAGUUUAGACCAAAAAGCUCUAUUUUUGUCUCAUCAGACCACAUGACCUUCUCCCAUUCCUCCUCUGGAUCAUCCAGAUGGUCAUUGACAAACUUCAGAAGGGACAUGCGCUGACUUGAGCAGGUGGACCUUGCGUGCGCUGCAGUAUUUUAAUCCAUGAUGGCGUAGUGUGUUACUAAUGGUUUUCUUUGAGACUGUGGUCCCAGCUCUCUUCAGGUCAUUGAUCAGGUCCUGCCGUGUAGUUCUGGGCUGAUCCCUCACCUUCCUCAUGAUCAUUGAUGCCCCACGAGGUGAGAUCUUGCAUGGAGCCCCAGACCGAGGGUGAUUGACCGUCAUCUUGAACUUCUUCCAUUUUCUAAUAAUUGAGCCAACAGUUGUUGCCUUCUCACCAAGCUGCUUGCCUAUUGUCCUGUAGCCCAUCCCAGCCUUGUGCAGGUCUACAAUUUUAUCCCUGAUGUCCUUACACAGCUCUCUGGUCUUGGCCAUUGUGGAGAGGUUGGAGUCUGUUUGAUUGAGUGUGGACAGGUGUCUUUUAUAUAGGUAACGAGUUCAAACAGGUGCAGUUAAUACAGGUAAUGAGUGGAGAGCAGGAGGGCUUCUUGAAGAAAAACUAACAGGUCUGUGAGAGCCGGAAUUCUUAAUGGUUGGUAGGUGAUCAAAUACUUAUGUCAUGCAAUAAAAUGCAAAUUAAUUACUUAAAAAUCAUACAAUGUGAUUUUCUGGAUUUUCGUCUCUCACAGUUGAAGUGUACCUAUGAUAAAAAAUUACAGACCUCUACAUGCUUUGUAAGUAGGAAAACCUGCAAAAUCGGCAGUGUAUCAAAUACUUGUUCUCCCCACUGUGUAUAUAUAUAUAUAUAUAUAUAUAUAUAUAUAUAUAUAUAUAUAUAUAUAUAUAUAUAAACAUGGGGGAUUGGAAGUGAUGCAGACAAUUACAUUGAUUGAAGUUACAAUAUAUCUGCAAUAUUAAGCUGAUCUACCCCCUAAAAUAAAAUAAAAAAUAACUACAAAAAUAACAACAAAAAAACAUCGCUAGCUAAUGACAACAUUGCUAGCUAAUAACAACAUUGCUAGCUAAUGAUAACUUUGCUAGCUAAUGACAACUUUGCUAGCUAAUGACAACAUUGCUAGCUAAUGACAACAUUGCUAGCUAAUGACAACAUUGCUAGCUAAUGACAACAUUGCCAGCUAAUGAUACACUGCUAGCUAAUGACAACAUUGCUAGCUAAUGACAACUAUAGUGUAAUUUAGACUAAACAGUUGUUAGCCUCCGUCCAGAAUGACUGGGCUUGUCACGUCUUUAGGGCACCGCUAUGGCGCUGCUGGUGGAUGGCGGCUUGAGAACGUUCAUAACAAUGGCAUGACGCGACCGAGUAACGGAGGUGCAACCUAUGAAUGGAAAGAAUGGGGUUCCAUUCGGGACGCAGCACAAGUAGUGGGCCACGACGGGAAUCAGGUUAGUUUCAGUGUCGGGGAAAUCACUUUGGUCGGAUGGAGAGAGCAAACAAGGUAGAAGGAAGUGGAGGGGAGAGGAGGGGAGAGGAGAGGAGAGGAGAGGAGAGGAGAGGAGAGGAGAGGAGAGGAGAGGAGAGGAGAGGAGGGGAGGGGAGAGGAGGGAGAGGAGAGUAGGGGAGGGGAGGGGAGAAGAAAGGAGAGGGAGAGGUAGAGGUAGAGGGGCCAUUGAUGUCCAAGGCAUUAAGACAGUAAAAUAGGUUUCUAACCUCAAGGGUGGUUUGCUGGUUAAGUGAAAAGGCCAGUGUUAAAUGCCCCCUGGCCAAGACGCUUGGCGUGUUUACCAAGAUGUACCUUAGAUCUCGUUUCAGAUGGACCCCUAGGCCUAUAGCACAGUAAAGGUAGAAUGGCUCGGCUACCAAUGUCAACAAGACUUUAGUGUAAUGCCAAAAAGAAAACGACCCAGUGUUCUCCUCCAUGUAGCCUAAUUCAUACAUUCACAUUCCAAUAAAACACACACACACACACAUAUAUAUAUAUAUUUUUUUUUGUGAUUACUGAUCAAUUAAUUUAUACAUUAUAAUUAGUAGGUUUUGUUAUCUGUUAUCUGUUUUUUUGUGGUGUGGGCUUCCAAUCACACCUGAACACUGUUUUCCUCUCAGCAUGAGGUCACUGGGAGUAGGGCAUCCUGGAUCUCUCAGCAUGACGUCACUGGGAGUAGGGCAUCCUGGAUCUCUCAGCAUGAGGUCACUGGGAGUAGGGCAUCCUGGAUCUCUCAGCAUGACGUCACUGGGAGUAGGGCAUCCUGGAUCUCUCAGCAUGAGGUCACUGGGAGUAGGGCAUCCUGGAUCUCUCAGCAUGACGUCACUGGGAGUAGGGCAUCCUGGAUCUCUCAGCAUGACGUCACUGGGAGUAGGGCAUCCUGGAUCUCUCAGCAUGACGUCACUGGGAGUAGGGCAUCCUGGAUCUCUCAGCAUGACGUCACUGGGAGUAGGGCAUCCUGGAUCUCUCAGCAUGACGUCACUGGGAGUAGGGCAUCCUGGAUCUCUCAGCAUGAGGUCACUGGGAGUAGGCACCUGGAUCCUUAGCUGAGGUCACUGGGAGUACGGCAUCCUGGAUCUCUCAGCAUGAGAUUACUGGGAGUAGGGCAUCCUGGAUCUCUCAGCAUGAGGUCACUGGGAGUAGGGCAUCCUGGAUCUCUCAGCAUGAGGUCACUGGGAGUAGGGCAUCCUGGAUCUCUCAGCAUGAGGUCACUGGGAGUAGGGCAUCCUGGAUCUCUCAGCAUGAGGUCACUGGGAGUAGGGCAUCCUGGAUCUCUCAGCAUGAGGUCACUGGGAGUAGGGCAUCCUGGAUCUCUCAGCAUGAGUUACUGGGAGUAGGGCAUUCCUGGAUCUCUCAGCAUGAGGUCACUGGGAGUAGGGCAUCCUGGAUCUCUCAGCAUGAGGUCACUGGGAGUAGGGCAUCCUGGAUCUCUCAGCAUGAGGUUACUUCUAUUUUGAUCAAUUGUUGUUGUUUUUAUAGCUACACGAUAUAGAUCAAAGACAACUAUGAUAUAAUAACUAACCAGUGGAACUAACUAACUAACAGGUGGAACUAACUAACCUGUUUCUCUGUCUCUCUGUACAGCGAUAUUGACAGAGGGCAACACUCCUAGCAAUGGGACUAACUAACUAACAGGUGGAACUAACUAACCUGUUUCUCUGUCUCUCUGUACAGCGAUAUCGACAGAGGGCAACACUCCUAGCAAUGGGACUAACUAACUAACUAACAGGUGGAACUAACUAACUAACAGGUGGAACUAACUAACCUGUUUCUCUGUCUCUCUGUGCAGCGAUAUCGACAGAGGGCAACACUCCUAGCAAUGGGACUAACUAACUAACUAACAGGUGGAACUAACUAACUAACAGGUGGAACUAACUAACCUGUUUCUCUGUCUCUCUGUGCAGCGAUAUUGACAGAGGGCUCCACUCCGCUGGGGUUGCAGCAGCAGCAUACUCUGAUUACCAGCAGUAGCAGUCAGCCAGGUGUAGGAGGUGGAGGGGAGCUCUCUCUCCCUGGCACAGAGGAGGUUGGGGGCAUCUCAACCCGUACCAUCCCCACCGCCUGCGUCAGGCCCACGCACCCCCUACGGAGCUUCGCCAACCCCCUCCUGCCUCCACCCAUGGGCACAAUCGACCCCAAGGUCUACACGCCCAUGAUACCACAUUCAAGUGAGUGCAAUGUGGGGGACUGGGUUUGAGGCUAGUGCUAAUGCUGGGUUAUACCAUACAAUGACUUAUGGAACUUCAUAUGCACCUCCAUGGCCAAUAGAGCCAGAAGUCUACAAUCUUGUCCCUGACAUCCUUGGAGAGCUCUUUGGUCUUGGCCAUGGUGGAGAGUUUGGAAUCUGAUUGAUUGAUUGCUUCAGUGGACAGGUGUAUUUUAUACAGUUAACAAGCUGAGACUAGGAGCACUCCCUUUAAGAGUGUGCUCCUAAUCUCAGCUCGUUACCUGUAUAAAAGACACCUGGGAGCCAGAAAUCUUUCUGAUUGAGAGGGGGUCAGAUACUUAUUUCCCUCUUUAAAAUGCAAAUCAAUUUAUAACAUUUUUGACAUGCGUUUUUUCUGGAUCUUUUUUGUUGUUGUUAUUCUGUCUCUCACUGUUCAAAUAAACCUACCAUUAAAAUUAGACAUUUCUUCGUCAGUGGGCAAACGUACAAAAUCAGCAGGGGAUCAAAUACUUUUUUCCCUCACUGUAUAAAACAAGCGUUUUAAGUCAGAUUGGCUUAAAAAAACGGUUUUCUGAACAAUGGACCUUCACCUAAUUUGCUGAUAUUUACGCAUUACACAGUAGUCUACACUACAGGAGGUCUCUGUGGUCUUCCACUGCUACUCCUCCACAGUUAUAACCAAAUAUCUUCAUCAACGUUGAUGUUAGCCAUCAAGCCAGUCUGUUAAUGCUUGAGCUUAUUAGAUAUCAGUUAUUAAAAGGGUGAAAGUGAUUUGGCCCGUAGCAAAUAGGCAAACGUCAGUUAUGUGAUUAGAAAAGUAAGGGAGAAAGAGGGGCUUUUCCCUUUUCCUGCCUGAAGGAGUGAGUGGUGUUGCUCUGCGUGCCACCCCUCCCCCACCAAACAUACACACACACACACACACACACACACACACACACACACACACACACACACACACACACACACACACAGGAAUAGCCUUUCUCUCUCUCUCUCUCUCUCUCUCUCUCUCUCUCUCUCUCUCUCUCUCUCUCUCUCUCUCUCUCUCCCCCCCUCCCUCUCUCUCUCUCUCUCCCCCCCCCCUCAUGCAGGCAGGAAUUUCCCUUCUCUGAUAUCUAAAUGAUAGCUUUAACCGUGUUUUGAGGCGAUACAAUGUUUGUUUACAUUUAUGUUGAUUACAAACAUUGGAGUAAAACAAGCUUCUAUUUUGGGUUCUGACGGGGUACGACAGUUGAACUAAGGUCAUCAGGCAUUUAGAAGUUAUAUUCUUCAAGAAUGAUUGGGUACAUCAUUAAUUUAUAAGUCCAAAAAAUGGAUGUAGCAAAAUAAGGAUUGUGUCUUUAAGACUUUGUGCCUUCUAUGUGUAAAUCGCUCUGGAAAAGAGCAUCUACUAGACUACAUGGUUGAGAAUGAAGGUGAAGAACAGGAUGUGAAAACCUCCUCCUGGGCGAAGGGCAGCGGCUCAGCCCAUUAAGCCACUGCACAGCAAGCAGCUGGUGUAGCAAAACUGGAGAGCAUUUCUCUGGCUGGCUGCGUCUUUACUGUGUUCACUUGGCUUUUAGCUCGUGGAAAUCAAUCAAUAUAAUCUUUGGAGGAAAUCUCUCCAGCUCCCAGUCAGACUGGAGAGGUAGUUUAAAGGAAGUUUAGCCCAGCAAUAGUAUCAGAGGAAUGGAGGCGUCCCAAAUGGCACCCUAUUCCCUUUAAAGUGCACUACUUUUGACCAGAGCCAAUAGACUACUACUUUUUUUAGCCCAUAAAAGUAGUGCACUAUAUUAUAGAGAAUAGGGUGCUAUUUGGGACGCAGUCCUGAAAUAUGUUUUUCUUCCAAAGUCUGUCUAUUUCACCUCCCUUCACAGCCUACCGGCUUCAGGCUGUUUCAGGUGUUGUCAGGCAACAGCAGGAGCCCAGUCUCUCUUCUAUACAGAGCUGGAAACAUCAAACAAGCAGGUCUUUGAGGUAGCUAGCUAUUGGCAGGGAUUGAUAUUUAUUGAUUUCGCAAAGUGGUGUGCUGUGAAACAAAGCGGUUUAAAUUACUUUGGUCCACGAAAAAUGCUGCACAGUUCUGGAAAAGGGCCUCCAGAUAUUGUGAUAUUACAGUGCUUACAGUAGGUUACACAUUGUGAUAGCACACGGUUGAUUGUUAGACCAUUUCUCACUCAAUGACUCACUUUGGAAGGUGGAACCGUUUGAUUACAACACUGAGUGGAGAGUAGUCACAGUUAGAACACUGAGUGGAGCGUAGUCACAGUUAGAACACUGAGUGGAGAGUAGUCACAGUUAGAACACUGAGUGGAGCGUAGUCACAGUUAGAACACUGAGUGGAGAGUAGUCACAGUUAGAACACUGAGUGGAGAGUAGUCACAGUUAGAACACUGAGUGGAGAGUAGUCACAGUUAGAACACUGAGUGGAGAGUAGUCACAGUUAGAACACUGAGUGGAGAGUAGUCACAGUUAGAACACUGAGUGGAGAGUAGUCACAGUUAGAACACUGAGUGGAGAGUAGUCACAGUUAGAACACUGAGUGGAGAGUAGUCACAGUUAGAACACUGAGUGGAGAGUAGUCACAGUUAGAACACUGAGUGGAGAGUAGUCACAGUUUAGAACACUGAGUGGAGAGUAGUCACAGUUAGAACACUGAGUGGAGCGUAGUCACAGUUAGAACACUGAGUGGAGAGUAGUCCACAGUUUAGAACACUGAGUGGAGGUAGUCACAGUUAGAACACUGAGUGGAGCGUAGUCACAGUUAGAACACUGAGUGGAGCGUAGUCACAGUUAGAACCUGAGUGGGAGCGUAGUCACAGUUAGAACACUGAGUGGAGAGUAGUCACAGUUUAGAACACUGAGUGGAGAGUAGUCACAGUUAGAACACUGAGUGGAGCGUAGUCACAGUUAGAACACUGAGUGGAGAGUAGUCACAGUAGAACACUGAGUGGAGCGUAGUCACAGUUAGAACACUGAGUGGAGCGUAGUCACAGUUAGAACACUGAGUGGAGAGUAGUCACAGUUUAGAACAACUGAGUGGAGCGUAAGUCACAGUUAGAACACUGAGUGGAGAGUAGUCACAGUUAGAACACUGAGUGGAGAGUAGUCACAGUUAGAAACACUGAGUGGAGAGUAGUCACAGUUAGAACACUGAGUGGAGCGUAGUCACAGUUAGAACACUGAGUGGAGAGUAGUCACAGUUAGAACACUGAGUGGAGCGUAGUCACAGUUAGAACACUGAGUGGAGAGUAGUCACAGUUAGAACACUGAGUGGAGAGUAGUCACAGUUAGAACACUGAGUGGAGAGUAGUCACAGUUAGAACACUGAGUGGAGAGUAGUCACAGUUAGAACACUGAGUGGAGCGUAGUCACAGUUAGAACACUGAGUGGAGCGUAGUCACAGUUAGAACACUGAGUGGAGCGUAGUCACAGUUAGAACACUGAGUGGAGAGUAGUCACAGUUAGAACACUGAGUGGAGAGUAGUCACAGUUAGAACACUGAGUGGAGCGUAGUCACAGUUAGAACACUGAGUGGAGGUAGUCACAGUUAGAACACUGAGUGGAGCGUAGUCACAGUUAGAACACUGAGUGGAGAGUAGUCACAGUUAGAACACUGAGUGGAGCGUAGUCACAGUUAGAACACUGAGUGGAGCGUAGUCACAGUUAGAACACUGAGUGGAGAGUAGUCACAGUUAGAACACUGAGUGGAGAGUAGUCACAGUUAGAACACUGAGUGGAGCGUAGUCACAGUUAGAACACUGAGUGGAGCGUAGUCACAGUUAGAACACUGAGUGGAGAGUAGUCACAGUUAGAACACUGAGUGGAGCGUAGUCACAGUUAGAACACUGAGUGGAGAGUAGUCACAGUUAGAACACUGAGUGGAGCGUAGUCACAGUUAGAACACUGAGUGGAGAGUAGUCACAGUUAGAACACUGAGUGGAGCGUAGUCACAGUUAGAACACUGAGUGGAGAGUAGUCACAGUUAGAACACUGAGUGGAGAGUAGUCACAGUUAGAACACUGAGUGGAGGUAGUCACAGUUAGAACACUGAGUGGAGCGUAGUCACAGUUAGAACACUGAGUGGAGCGUAGUCACAGUUAGAACACUGAGUGGAGAGUAGUCACAGUUAGAACACUGAGUGGAGCGUAGUCACAGUUAGAACACUGAGUGGAGCGUAGUCACAGUUAGAACACUGAGUGGAGCGUAGUCACAGUUAGAACACUGAGUGGAGCGUAGUCACAGUUAGAACACUGAGUGGAGCGUAGUCACAGUUGGAACACUGAGUGGAGCGUAGUCACAGUUAGAACACUGAGUGGAGCGUAGUCACAGUUGGAACACUGAGUGGAGCGUAGUCACAGUUAGCCUGGUACUUCUGCUAAAUGAGUAUUGCGUGGUGGGUGCUGACAUGCUAACGUCAAUAUUUUAUUGAGGUUUUGAUUGAACACUCAACCUAAAAAGUAUUAUGUGGACUAGGCAGAUAGCAGCCAUAGAUUUGGGUUGGCUUACGUAGCUAUAGUUGGGUUGGUUUACGUAGCUAUAGUUGGGUUGGUUUACGUAGCUAUAGUUGGGUUGGUUUAUGUAGCUAUAGUUGGGUUGGUUUACGUAGCUAUAGUUGGGUUGGUUUAUGUAGCUAUAGUUGGGUUGGUUUACGUAGCUAUAGUUGGGUUGGUUUAUGUUGCUAUAGUUGGGUUGGUUUACGUAGCUAUAGUUGGGUUGGUUUAUGUAGCUAUAGUUGGGUUGGUUUACGUAGCUAUAGUUGGGUUGGUUUACGUAGCUAUAGUUGAGUUGGUUUACAUAGCUAUAGUUGGGUUGGUUUAUGUAGCUAUAGUUGGGUUGGUUUACGUAGCUAUAGUUGGGUUGGUUUAUGUAGCUAUAGUUGGGUUGGUUUACGUAGCUAUAGUUGGGUUGGUUUAUGUAGCUAUAGUUGGUUUACGUAGCUAUAGUUGGGUUGGUUUACGUAGCUAUAGUUGGGUUGGUUUAUGUAGCUAUAGUUGGGUUGGUUUAUGUAGCUAUAGUUCAACAUUAGUGUCAUUGGUGCAAAUUGUUUUGUAAAAGCAAUGAUAUAUCAUUAACAAUAAUGUGUUUCCAAGGCAAUGGUUUAUGUUGAUGUGAUCAAGAACCUCAUAAAAAAAGGAAUGUUACUGGUAUCAAUAACACAGUCUACAUUUUAAUCCAACGGUCGCCUCGAAAGGAAUGAAUAAGGAAUACAUUCAAUCUAUAAGCAACACAAGUAGGUGUCCUGGAUGUAGAUGAAACUCUCUGAGUUAGAUAUAAGUUACUGAGGAACAGUCAGACCGAUUGAAGUGGAGGUGGAGCAGUAGAAACAGUCAGACCGAUUGAAGUGGAGGUGGAGCAGUAGAAACAGUCAGACUCCAACUGACUGAGUGAUCUGGCAGCGCUCGGCUCUACACCACACAGAUACACACGUCAUCACACCACAACCGCCACUAACCGCCUAGGCUAAUGUUUCCUAAUCAUGUUUGGAUUGUACUGGGAGCACUGGGUGCCUUGAUGUUCCUCUGUGUUCAGUGAAGGGGGUGAGAGUGUAAUUAAGGUUACUUGAUGUUACUCUGUGUUCGGUGAAGGGGUUGAGAGUGACGAGGUGUGAAUGAAGGAGUCAGGCGCAGGAGAUAAAACACAGAAGUCUAGAGUUUAUUUCCGUUUACAUAAAUAAAACGCACCCAGCGUCAAAACGAAACUAUCACAAGGGACAUAUUCCAUCAAAUGGAAGAGUAGCUCAACUGAGCUGUUGGCUCUCACAAAGAAACAAUCACUCACAAAGAUAAGGGGAACAGAGGGAACACUUAUACACAUACUAAUUAGGGGAAUGAGCACCAGGUGUGUGUGAUUGACAAGACAAGACAAGUGGAGUGAUGAGAAUGGGAUCGGCAGUAGCUAGUAAGCCGGUGACGACGAACGCCGAAACCUGCCCGAGCAAGGAGGGGAGGCAGCCUCGGCGGAAGUCUUGACAGUACCCCCCCCCCCCCGAGGCGCGGCUCCAGCAGUGCGCCGACCCCGGCCACGGGGACGGCCAGGAGGGCGCGGAGCAGGGCGAGUCGGAUGGCGACGGUGGAAGUCCCUCAACAGGGAGGGAUCGAGGAUGUCCCGCCUUGGGACACAGCACCGUUCCUCCGGACCGUACCCCUCCCACUCCACGAGAUACUGAAGCCUCCCCACCCGACGCCUCGAAUCCAGUAUGGAACGGACCGAGUACGCCGGGGCCUCCUCGAUGUCCAGAGGAGGUUGAGGAACCUCCCGCACCUCAGACUCCUGGAGCGGACCAGCUACCACCGGCCUGAGGAGAGACACAUGAAACGAGGGGUUAAUACGGUAAUCAGGGGGGAGUAACAACCAGUACGUAAUCUCGUUUAUCCUCCUCAGGACUUUAAACGGCCCCACAAACCGCGGGCUCAGCUUCCGGCAGGGCAGGCUGAGGGGUAGAUUCUGGGUCGAGAGCCAGACCCGAUCUCCCGGUACGAAAACCGGGGCCUCCCUGCGGUGGCGGUCAGCCUUCUGAGAACACAGUCAUCCACCGCAGGAGCCUCGGUCUGGCUCUGGUGCCAUGGUGCCAGGACCGGUUGGUAACCCAAAACACAUUGGAAGGGUGUUAGGUUAGUGGAGGAGUGGCAGAGAGAGUUCUGAGCGUAUUCUGCCCAUGGCAGGAACACCGACCACUCCCCCGGCCGGACCUGACAGUAGGUCCGCAGGAACCUACCCACAUCUUGAUUCACCCGUUCCACCUGCCCAUUACUCUCGGGGUGAAAUCCAGAGGUCAGGCUGACCAAGACCCCCAGACGUUCCAUGAACGCCUUCCAGACUCUAGACGUGAACUGGGGACCUCGGUCGGACACUAUAUCCUCUGGUACCCCGUAGUGCCGGAAGACGUGAGUAAACAGAUCCUCCGCAGUUUGUAGGGCCGUGGGGAGACCGGGCAGAGGAAGAAGGCGGCAGGACUUCGAAAAGCGAUACACAACGACCAGGAUAGUGGUGUUACCUUGUGAGAGGGGAAGAUCAGUAAGAAAAUCAAUACUAAGGUGAGACCAUGGUUGUUGUGGAACUGGUAAAGGUUGUAGUUUACCCGCUGGGAGGUGCCCAGGUGCCUUACUCUGGGCGCACACCGAGCAGGAGGAGACAUACACCCUCAUGUCCUUAGCCAAGGUAGGCCAACAGUACUUCUCAGUCAGGCAGCGCAUUGUACGACUGAUACCUGGAUGACCAGAGGAGGGUGACGUGUGUGCCCUGUAGAUCAGACGAUCACGGAUAAGCGCAGGCACGUACCGCAGCCCAGCUGGACACUGCGGUGGAGAUGGAUCUGUGCGUAAUGCCUGCUCUAUAUCCGCGUCCAUCGCCCAUACUACCGGCGCCACAAUGCAGGAGGCUGGGAGUAUGGGGGUGUUGUCUCUGGGCCUCUCCUCUGUGUCAUACAGCCGAGACAGUGCGUCUGCCUUCACGUUCUUCGUACCCGGAAUGUAUGAAAGUGUGAAAUCAAACCGGGUGAAGAAGAGGGCCCACCUGGCCUGGCGAGGAUUCAGCCUCCUCGCUGCCCGAAUGUACUCCAGGUUACGGUGGUCUGUCCAGACGAGGAAAGGGUGUUUCGCCCCUUCGAGCCAAUGCCUCCACACCGUCAAAGCUCGGACAACAGCCAACAGCUCCCGAUCACCAACGCUGUAGUUCUGCUCCGCCGGGCUGAGCUUCUUAGAAAAGAAGGCACAGGGGCGGAGCUUGGGUGGCGUGCCCGAGCGUUGGGAUAAGACAGCGCCUAUCCCUACCUCGGACGCACUCACCUCCACUACGAACGGUAGUGAUGGAUCGGGGUGAGCCAGUACCGGGGCGGAGGUGAACAGACCCCGCAAUCUACUGAAUGGCACACAUACACACAAUCCAUGUCCCAGUUGUUUCAAGGUUUAGAAAUCCUUCUUUGACUUGUCUAUCCCCCUUCAUCUAGACCAGGGAUGCCCAACACUCUUCCUGGAGAUCUACCGUCCUGUGGGUUUUCAGUCCAACCCUAAUUUAACACACCUGAUUCUACUUAUUAGCUGCUCAACAAGACCUUAACUAGCUGAAUCAGGUAUGCUAAAUUAGGGUUGGACUGAAAACCUACAGGACGGUAGAUCUCCAGGACGAGGGUUGGGCAGCCCUGCUCUAGACUGAUUUGAAGUGGAUUUAACAAGUGACAUCAAUAUGACAUCAUAGCUUUCACCUGGAUUCACCUGGUCAGUCUAUGGAAAGAGCAGGUGUUCUUAAUGUUUUGUACAGUGUAGAUUCUGAGAAAUAAUCAGUAGUGUCAUAUUACAUGAAUACACAGUUAUUACACACGGAUACACCGUUAUUACACACGGAUACACUGUUAUUACACACGGAUACACCGUUAUUACACACGGAUACACUGUUAUUACACACGGAUACACCGUUAUUACACACGGAUACACUGUUAUUACACACGGAUACACUGUUAUUACACACGGAUACACUGUUAUUACACACGGAUACACUGUUAUUACACACGGAUACACUGUUAUUACACACAGAUACACCGUUAUUACACAUGGAUACACUGUUAUUACACACGGAUACACUGUUAUUACACACGGAUACACUGUUAUUACACACGGAUACACUGUUAUUACACACGGAUACACUGUUAUUACACACGGAUACACCGUUAUUACACACGGAUACACCGUUAUUACACACGGAUACACUGUUAUUACACACGGAUACACUGUUAUUACACACGGAUACACUGUUAUUACACACGGAUACACUGUUAUUACACACGGAUACACUGUUAUUACACCUACAGCGGUUUCCAACCUGUGGUGCCAAUUUAUUUUGAUUCGUUUUUUAGUUUUUUCUUCCAAAAAUUAUAACAGUUGGGAGUAUUAAUAGUAUUAUAAUGCAAAUUGUUUAUAAUAAUAAUAAUAAUAAUAAUAAUAAUAAUAAUAAUAAUAAUAAUUGGCCUUUUAAUUUGUUGCAUUCAAUGCUAAAAUGGACAACAUUUUACCGCUAAGAAAUGUUACGUAAAAAAAAUUGUAUGACUACACGAAUGGUGGUCCUCAAGAGCUUUUGAGGUGAUUUGGUGGUCCCCUGAACAGAAAAGGAACAGCUGACCUACAGUACACUAUAGACAGGGCUGGCCCUAGCCUUUUAGGGGCCCUAAGCUACAUUUAGAUGUGCCCCCCCCCCCCCCCCCCCCCACCUUGUGGGCUAAAUAUUUUAGUGGCCCCCCUCUUGAUGGAGAAAAAAGUUUCCUGCAAUUCUAUACAUUUUGCCAUGUUAAAUCUGCAAUAUGUAACUUUUUGGGCAACCUGACUAAAUUCACAUAGAAAUGUGUGUUAUAGAUCUGUCAUUCUCAUUGAAAGCAGGUCUAAGAAGCGGUAGAUCUGUUCUAUGUGCUCUAUUUCUAUGCUUCCCGUUCUGAAGUUUCAUUUUUGCGUCUUUUACUUUUGGUUUUGUACACCAGCUUCAAACAGCUGAAGAUACAAUAUUUUGGGUUAUGGAAAAUAUAUUUCAGAGCGGUUUAGAUGGUACAAUGAUUCUUAGAUGGUACAAUGAUGACGGAACAGAACUUGCUGUUUUGUCACAUAAACUGAAAUUAGGCUAACUGUUAGAAUUUUAGCAACCAGGAAAUGUCGGAGCGAUUUCUGCAUAGUGCAUCUUUAAUAUCACAUCUGAGUGAGAGUGACUAACAAAAUCAAUGGGGGCCCCCUGGAGGUCAGGGCCCCCUGGAGGUCAGGGCCCCUGGAGGUCAGGGCCCCCUGGAGGUCAGGGCCCCUGGAGGUCAGGGCCCCCUGGAGGUCAGGGCCCCCUGGAGGUCAGGGCCCCUGGAGGUCAGGGCCCCUGGAGGUCAGGGCCCCCUGGAGGUCAGGGCCCCUGGAGGUCAGGUCCCCCUGGAGGUCAGGGCCCCUGGGCGCGUGCCCUGCGUGACUGGUCGGUAAUUCGACCAUGAUUAAGUUUAGAUAGCUGACUAGACUAACUUACCAGUCUAAAACAUUUUAGCUGACGUAGCAGUGUUCAUUUUGUCAACAAUAACUAUGACGGAACAGACCUAUUAUUCCUGACUAAACUAUAACGGUAAAGAGAUGAGAUGGGAAAAGGAACUAUUACAUUAUAGUCAAUGAAAAUGUGACGAGACGAGAAUUCCACCUGGGACUAAUGGACAUUUUAAUUUGACAUGAAGCUCCUUUUCAUCUGUUUAGUCCAAUCAGAAGCAUGCAUGUGUUCAGAAUAUUUAAUGCCUGUGACUAAAACUAGACUAUAACUGGUGCAGAGCUUUAGUCGACUGAUAAUAUCUAAAACUAACGAAGGAUGAAAUGACUCAAAUGUGACUAAGACUAAAAGGUAUUUUAAGACUAAAUCUAAAAUAGCUGCCAAAAUGAACACAUGGGCUAAUUGAGUGACUGUCAGUGACGGACAUAACAAGAGAGACACUGCUGUUGCACAACCACAUUUCUAAAUGGCACCUUUUAUAUUCGACAAUUCUAACCUCGACAGUAAGUUGAGACCCCUGACUGAGUACCUAAAAACAAAAGCUCUCGCUUAUGUCGCUUAAUGCCUGAAACCGGCCCUGACUAUAGAAUAAAAUCUUACAGUACAGAAUUAUCCUUUAGAAUACAGUGUUUUAGAUACACUUUUUUUGAGGUUGACUAUAAUUGACUGGCUGACUGUAAUCAGUGUUAUCAGUGGUGAGCCAACCAUGUCUCUCCAGUCCAGUCCUGUCAUGGUCCUUUCUCCCACACCACUCUGUCCGCUACCGCGUCACUGAGCCCCGUAGGUGUGUAAUGCUGUAUUCUUUUGUGUUCUUUAUUUUCCCACUCGUGCUGUGAUGCGAUCGUGCCGAUCCGGCCUGUGUCUCUCACAGCGGCUCCCGAGGGGAGGGUUGAUCCUAUUAUUGCGUCUGGAGCCAGAGCUUCCCCACCUACCUCUCCCUCCCACUGUUGCUAGUGCACCUAGCAGGUGCUGCUGUAAUUUGCAGAGUUAAAUUAUGCAGAUAAUACCCAGCCCAGGUAGCUCAUUUAGAGGGCCAGGCGAUUCAUCCUGGAGAUGGAGAGAUGCGGAACCCCACGCUGUUCUAUGCUGUCACCGCUGUCCGUCAAACACAGACGGCUCCCUCACUUUCUCCCUCCCUCGUCCCUCCAUCCAUCCCUCCCUCCCUCCCUCCCUCCCUCCCUCCCUCCCUCAUCCCUCCUUUUACCUCUCGUUCACCUGCCUGCCUACCUACAAUCCGUACAGCAGCACAACUCGCUGCCUCAAUAUCUAAGAACAAACCACACCUGCACCUAUGGGUCCUUGGUUACUUGCUAUUCAGAGCUGAGGUCCCUUGGCUAUUUUGGUGGCUGUUGCUUUUUCUCAGGUUCCUUGUUGUGUUACAGUGACCUCAUGGUCCUCAGUCUGAUGAAUAAACGCGUCAGAGUGUUUGUGUGUUUCCAGGUGCCAGCCUCCCCGAGGCUUGCAGUCCUCUGUAGCUCAGUUGGUACAAGCGUGACGCUUGUAACGCCAGCGUAGUGGGUUCGCUUCCCAGGACCACGCAAACGUAAAAUGUAUAGAUGCAUCACUAUAAGUUGCUUUGCAUAAAAGCAUCUGCUAAAUGGAAUAUGUUAUAUACUGUAUUAUAGGUAAAAACAGGUCCUCCGUUUUUAUAAAAAAAAUAUGUUUUGUGUUUGUUUUUCUCCAGGUGCCAGCCUCCCCAAGCCAACAGUAAAAACAGCGUCUCUGGGGCAAGCUGGCAAGGCCAGAUCACCACUACUACCCGUCUCCGUGCCAACAGCCCCCGAGGUGGGCGAUGAGGGACAGAAACAGACAGAUGACUCAGACAAUGUGAGUAACCACUCCUUUCAGUGCGAUCGGGCGCUCAACAUCACUCUCUAA